AUGGAGCGCCCUUCCACUCCGCCACCGCCGCUCAAUCGGACCAGUAACAAGGCCGUGAAUGCGUCCCCUCCAACACCAGAAGUCACACGCAAGCUGGAAGAAUCUCGCCUCCGCGCCAAAGAUCUCCGUACCCAAAAAGAAGCCCACGCCCGCUCAACCGGCACCGAGCCCACCAUUGCCAAGACCUCGUCCGGAUUCGUGAACACACCCGACAUCCAAGUCGUCGGCGCCGGCACCAGGCAGCAGCCGCGCAAUAACAAACGGCCCUACGAGUCCAUCACACAGUCUGAGGUCCCGGCCUCGAACCGCGACGGGCGGCCACCGGCCAAGAAAGAUGUUGCAGCCGAGGAUGGGGCGCUGCGGCCGGCGAGCAAGAAGUUCGCGCGGUUUGUGGACUACAACUUCAGCGCCAUGACGGAUACCAAGGGUGGCUUUCUGUCGGCGGAGGAUGACCCUUGGAACAAGAGCAUGUCCAUAGGCGGACCGUCCAGGGGCGGGGACGGGGGUGGCCCGGACGAGGAGCAGAAGCCCAAGCACAUGACGGCUGCGGAGUGGGAGAGGUUACAGCUGCUGCGGAAGUUGCAGAGACAAAAGGCCGGGCCGUUUGAGCCGGGUCUGAGCGCGCUGACGGACAAGAAGGAGAGGAAGACGUGCAGGGAGUGCGGGAGCCUGGAAAUUGAUUUCGUGUGGGACGAAGUUUUUAACUGUCGUGUCUGCAAUGCCUGUAAAGAGAAAUUUCCGGAUAAGUACAGCCUGUUGACAAAGACGGAGUGCAAGGAAGACUAUCUCAUCACGGACUCCGAACUGAGGGACGAGGAUCUUCUCCCACAUCUCUCCAAGCCCAACCCGCAUAAAUCACACUGGCAUGAUAUGAUGCUCUUUUUGCGUUUCCAAGUGGAAGAAUACGCCUUCAACACGAAAUGGGGCUCCGCCGAGGCGCUGGACGCCGAGUUCGAGAAGCGCGAGACCAAUAAGAAGAAGCAGAAGGACAAGAAAUUCAAGGAGAGGCUGUUCGAGCUCAAGCGCAAGACCCGGACCGAGGCGAUGCGGCGGGCAGCAGGUGGUGGCAGCAGUGCACAGAAGUUCGGCGACGAGAUUGGCAGGUCGGGACGUCACGUCCACGAGUGGGGGCGUGCGAUCGAGAACGAGGACGGGGAGAGUGUCAAGACGUGUGUAAGUUGUGGGAUGGAGGUCGAGGAGCUGGAGUUCUGAUGUGCUGCGGUUCGCAGCAGAUGCUGUGAGAUGAAGAAUACCCAAUAUAGGUCCGAACCCUACAUAGCAGCGCCAUAUUCUUUCUUUC